CACCUUUCUUCGCAAAAAUAUCCGAUCGAUAUUUGAAAUAUCAGCCAUGAAGAUACUAGAUAUGCAUCACAGUUGAAGCUGUACCGCUCAGUCAUCUAAUGGAGCUUCAAAUCUUCCGCCCACCCUCUUUUGCAGGAACUAUGGUGUUUUUGGUUCGAAGCCGAGUUCAGCAAUGGAAGAAUCAAUGUAGAUUUAGUGCGAGCACUAUGCUUUCGGGGCAUAGAUUCUAUAGGUAUUCGGUAUCAAGGAGGAAAUGUGUCUCAAAAAGUACCAAAUCUUCGGUUUCUUGUUCUUAUAGCACCGAGAAGAACGAUGCUUUACCAUCCUUAAAACAGCUGAGUGAUGCGAAAGUGAUUUAUGCUGCGGCUCCUGCCCUGGGUCAUAACAAGGAGGCACAUCCGGAAUCCAGUGCUAGAGUUCCAGCAAUUGUGACAGCUCUUGAGCAGAUGGAGCUUACCUCAAAGUUUCGUGGCUCGGACGUCCUUGAACUUCAAAAUUUCCAUCUUGCUUCAGUUGAUGAUGUUGCCAGUGUUCACGCGAAGGCCUAUGUAUUUGGCCUUGAAAAGGCUAUGGACCAGGCUUCUGAGCAGGGUCUUAUUGUAAUUGAUGGUUCUGGACCAACAUAUGCUACUUCCACAACAUUCCAUGAGUCACUAGUUGCAGCUGGAGCAGGACUUGCCUUAGUUGAUUCAGUGGUUGCAGCAUCAAAGAACCAACUAGAUCCACCUACUGCUUUUGCUUUGAUAAGACCUCCAGGACAUCAUGCUAUUCCAGAAGGUCCCAUGGGUUUCUGUGUUUUUGGCAAUGUGGCUAUUGCAGCUCGUUAUGCUCAGCGUGUACAUGGAUUGAAGCGAGUUUUUAUUAUUGAUUUUGAUGUUCACCAUGGUAAUGGAACAAAUGAUGCUUUCUUUGAAGAUCCAGAUAUAUUUUUUCUUUCAACCCAUCAGGCAGGAAGCUACCCUGGCACCGGAAAAAUCGAUCAGAUAGGUAAAGGAGCUGGUGAAGGAGCAACACUUAAUCUACCUCUACCUGGAGGCUCAGGUGAUACUGCAAUGAGAACUGUUUUCGAUGAAGUCAUCGUGCCCUGUGCUCAAAGGUUCAAGCCAGAUAUAUUCCUUGUCUCUGCUGGGUACGAUGGUCAUGUAUUGGAUCCACUAGCCAACCUACAGCUCACAACAUCAACUUACUACAUGCUUGCAUCUAACAUCAAACAGCUUGCCAAAGAUUUAUGCGGUGGUCGAUGCGUAUUUUUCCUUGAAGGAGGAUACAACCUCAAGUCACUUUCGUAUUCUGUGGCGGACUCAUUCAGAGCAUUUCUUGGCGAGCCAAGUUUGGCAGCCGAGUUUGAUAACCCUGCGUAUUUAUAUGAAGAACCAUCCGACAGGGUGAAGGAAGCGAUCCAGAGAGUAAAACACAUACAUUCACUGUAACUGUACAUGUACCUAAAUCUUGAAAAGUAUAUAUCCAAA